UCUGAGGGAGGAAGAGGAGGACGAAGAAGAAGACCUCAGGGUCUGGAGUUGCACACGUUCUGGAUCCGCCGGCAACGUAUCUGCUCUAGGCUCGCCGUGGAACUGGAUUUUGGUGUUUGAGUGACUUCUUAAAAUGGAAGUUGGGGACUGUUGCCGAGGCCGGUGCGGAGUUAGUGGCGGGAUCUAGCGGGGCGAGAGUUGAAGAGAGCAAGUUUCUUCUCCACAUCUGUGUCUGUGCAGGCGUUUUCUCGCUGGAAGAAUGGGGGCUGGAGCUUUAACCAUCUGUCACAACGAGACGGCGAUACUGAUCAAGGAAGACAUGAAGAAGAUGGUGCACUUGCCGAUCCUUAGACCCAGGCCAGCAGCGGCCAAGUACACUCAGCUGUUUGGGGUGCCCCUCUGUGAGCUGCAAGAGAAGUGCCAGGUGGAGGACGGUGUGCCUCUAGUGGUGAGGAGGAUGGUGGAGCAUCUCCGCAGUCAUGCUCUGCAUCAUGAGGGUUUGUUCCGAGUCAGUGGAAACGUCCGUGCUGUGGAAAACCUGAAACAGCAUCUGGAGAGUGGCGAUGACGUUGACUUCUCACAUUCCGAGCCAUGCACAAUUUCCAGUUUACUCAAGAAGUUCCUGAGGGACCUGCCAGGGGGCGUGGUGGACUCAGCUGUACAAAAGGUGCUGAUUCAGCACUAUAAAGACAGUGGCGAUGAGCAAUCCUGGUCAGAAUUGAAGGAACUUCUCCUGCAGCUUCCAAGUGUCAACUUGAACCUGCUUCGCUACCUGUGUCAGUUCCUGACCGUGGUGGCGCUGCACCAGGAGGACAACCGCAUGACUGCACUCAACCUUGCCACCGUGCUUGGACCCAGCGUCUUCCAUGUGUCCCCCGGCUUUGAAGCGCUGAUGGAGCAAAACAUCUGUAACAAAAUCAUGGUGAUGCUCAUCCAAAACUACAGCAGUAUUUUUGAGGACAACGCAGAGAAAAGUGCUGUCGCAGAGCCACAGUCGACGUUAAUCGUGGUGAAGGAGGCUCAGCUGACUGACACACCACGUAGCAAAACACCGACACCAGUUCCCAGAGUACAGACAAAUCUGGCAGAUGUUGAAGAGUCUCUGUGCGAGCCAUGCUCCGUCCAUUCAAUAAAGAGACACAAGAAGGUGAGGAAAGGCAGGAGUGACGCUAGAAGACGGAUCAUUACUCGUCCCAUCUGCUCCGUGGAGGUGCCCCGUGUGAGGCCUCGCUCCAUGCCAGAGGAUUUGCCAGUAAGAGGCUGCAGUCCAGAGGUGAUGGAGAAGCUUACUGAGCGUUUGGCUCAGGAAGUCACCGUCUCUGGCCCCACACACCUCUGUGUCAGCUCUUCUGAUGACACGAAGGCCCUCCAAAGCGGCAAGAACGAAGACAGACCAAUCUCUCCCUAUUACAUGAGUUCCCACCUCUCAGCCAUCAACUGCAGACCUGAUGUGGUGAACAUCCUGGACAGAACAAUACGUUCCACGGUGGAGGAGCUUCUCUUUGAAGUGGACCACUCGAGGGAUCCUGUUUCAGAUGACUGUGACUUGACCUCUUGUCAGCCUUCUCUGAGAGUGACGCAAACUGCCAGACAGAGACGUCGACACUGCAGAGAGCGACAGGAAGAGGGAAUACAGAAAGAGAGAGACAGCAGAGUCGCGUGCGCCGAGGAAGACACCAACAAGGAGAACAUCCCGGCGAGUGGAGAAGGCAGCACUGCUUGUGUUGGAGAGAACAGGAGGAGUAAAGUUGAACCACGCGGAGGUCUGAAUUUGCACAAGGAACGUAGCGCGAGAGCCAGGAAAUCCAGCCCUAUGCUGGUUCUGAAGACUGACCGUAAGGACACCCAAACCGAGUUUUCAAGUGUUCCUGGGAUGUACGAACAAACUGGAGUUGAACACACAGAGACUUUAAGAAAAGGGAGUGACAGUUUAAGACCCGGAGUGUCUCACCUGUCCUCGCAGACGCUAAGGAUGAAGAUCCAGGAGUCGCCUGUCUCUUGUGACACAGGGAGGAUCGGCGGGGGAGAGAUACGAGGCUCCGAUCCAGACUGUGACUGUGAGGACAUUCCCCGGCUUGACCUGACAGCACUUACUGAGGACAACAACUGGGGAGAGCCGGUGCCAGCAAACUCGCCGUUGCAGAGGGAAAGCAUGGACCGUGACGAGGCUCGACUGUCGCCCCACGCAGGAGGACGCCUGAUUCGCCAGCUGCUGGAGGAAGACAGCGACCCCAUGCUGUCUCCCCGUUUCUACGCCUACGGCCAGUGCCAGCAGUAUUUGGACGACACCGAAGUGCCGCCGUCGCCGCCAAACGCUCACUCUUUUGUCAGUCGGCGGAGAAGUUCAUCCCUGGGCUCCUGCGACGACGAGAAGGAGGAGUUGACCACGGCUCAGCUCACCAAGAGGAUUCACGUUCUGAAGAAGAAGAUCCACAGGUUUGAGGAGAAGUUCGAAGAGGAGCGCAAGUACAGGCCCUCUCACAGUGAUAAGGCUGGAAACCCCGAAGUGCUACGAUGGGUGAACGAACUGGCCAAACUGCGCAAAAUGUUGAAGGAACACAAGAUCAUCAAAUCUGAAGAAGACCUUCCUCCUCAGACCCGCCAGCGCAGCAACACUCUCCCCAAAAGCUUCGGCUCUCAGCUGGAGAAGAAGCCGCAGCAAGAAAAGGUGCCGAAGCCGCCUGUGGAAAACACGCUGGAGGCCAUCUUAAAGAAGCUGCAGGAGAAGAGGGAGGAGGUGAACAGACCCGAGGACAUAAAGGAUAUGACUCGGGAGCAGAUCAGCGCAGAGAAGGUGGCCCUGCAGAAGUCGCUCCUGUACUACGAGAGCAUCCACGGCCGGCCUGUCACCAAGAGCGAGCGGCAGGUCAUGAAGCCGCUGUACGACCGCUAUCGACUGGUCAAGCAGAUCCUGUGUCGGGCCUCCACCAUUCCCGUCAUAGGUUCACCCUCCAGCAAGAGGCGGGGGCUGCACCUGCAGCCCAUAAUAGAGGGCGAAACGGCACUUUUCUUCGAAGACAUCAAGGAGGAGGAGGACGGCUCGGAGGACGACGGCGACUCCAAGAGCCAGUUCAGCGUGACGGCGCGGCCGGACUUCAGCGUGCUGGGCUUACUGGAGCACAUGGAGGAGGAGGUGGACGGCUUCAUCUCCCCCGUGGACCAACUCUCCCCGUCCAAGACCUCCAUGGACAUGAGGCUGUCCAACCUGCACUCGGCCGACAUGCAAGAACUCGUGGAGCAGCUGCAGGAGGCUCGAGAGGAGAAGAAGAGGAUCCGCAAGAGUCUGAAGGAGUUCGAGGAGGAGUUCUUUCGACAAAACGGAAGGAACGCUCAGAAGGAGGACCGCUCCCCUCUGGCAGUGGAGUACAGCGAGUACAAACACGUCAAAGCCAAGCUGCGCUUGCUGGAAGUCCUCAUCAGCAAAAGAGACUCCAGCAAGUUCAUCUGAAUCCUGAAGCCACCGGGAGCAAGGCCUCGACGCUCGGCGCCGCAACAGUCGGAGCCACAACUCUCGGCGCUCUGAGCCUCGUCUCUCGGAGCUGCAACACUCGGAGUCACAACUCUCGAUGCUCAGAACCUCGACACCCGGAGCCGCGACACGCUCCGCACGUGUCCCGGGCGGGUUGGACUGGAUACGAAGCGGCAGAAUCACAAGUGUAUUCAUCCUAAUUUAUUUCUCUAAACGUCUGAGCGGGAACAUUUUACUAGACGAGUCUUAAAUGAGAUAUUUUUGAAAGAAGGAUUUGGCGAUUCACCUGUAUUUUUGUACGAGCGCUCACGGCAACACUAUCAGAUUCAUGUUGUACAUAAAUGUUCCCUGGUGUCUUCGACCUGGAUCCCAGCAGGAGGUCGUGAGUGACAUCUGCCGUCCUCUCACAUAAGCUACUUUCAAAAUCACUCCUGCGAGUCGACGGAAUGAAAUUUGGGCUCAAAGCUCGUGUUUAUAUCGGUGUGUAGAUAUUAUCGACUGUGUACGUUUACAUCUCUGUGGACAAGUACAGUUUUCUCUUCUUCCUGCGAGGUGGAGUGCCCAGUGUGAAUUUUGUUGUAUUGAAUGUAAACACUGGAAAAGAUGGAUGAAUUCAGAGUGUGUACAUUUUAGUACAUAAAACUAUUUGUAUUUUGUAUAUAUAAUGAAUGAAAUCUUAUUUUUACUGCUUUUUGUGGUGUGGAUUUUCUUCCUCUAAGAAACACAGAGUCCAGGUCAGUUUUAAAAGACUUCAACUGAAAUACCAACACUACUUCCUGCUGGGGUCUGUACUUCAACACCCCUCAGGGACCAAUACAAAACCAUUUUUAUACACUUUGUGUAUAUUUGAUUCAUAUAUAUUUAGGAACAAAACUACUUUUAGUAUACUUGUACUGUAUUAUUGAAGUGUGCUUCAUAACUAUAAGCUGCAUUUCAAAGUACACAUUGAGGAGGUGACACUUAAUACU